AGGGCGGGCGCGUGGCGCGAGGCGGGUGCAGCAAGAGCGGCGAGUAAGAGUCGGUGCGCUCGGUCUGGCAGGCCCCAACCUGCCUUCUUGGCUUACUUCCUGAAGGGUGAUAGAUCACAGCAGCUGACUUUUAUAUUACCUCUACUCAGUAUCCUGAAGCAGCCAUGCCACUGCAUCAGCUUUUCAGGUAGUAGGGCUGAGUACAGCAUGGUUUUGGAAGGAAAAUGGGUUCCACUCGGGUGACUGCAAAGGAGCUAUGUGAGAAUGAUGACCUGGCUACAACACUAGUUCUUGACUCCUAUCUUGGCUUUAAGACGCAUAAAAUGAACGUAAGCCCUCUCCCACCUAUCAGAAGGAAGCACCAUUUGCGGGAGGCGGUGGAAGCUUUCCGGAAGCGAAAGGACCUAGAAGCAGCCUAUCAGUCCUUGAUGCAGGGCGGAUGGGCCUGCCACUACUUUGCGAAUCGGAGCCGUCAGCAGGAGGCUGCCUUCAAGACUCAUAUAUUUCGCUACCUUCGUAUUUUCCUUCCUGAGAGUGGUUUUGCCAUCAAGCGCUGCAGUCGGUAUUCCUUGGAAAUAAAUGGGGCCCGAGUUGUCUCUACAAAAUCAUGGAGAAAGAAUGACAAGCUGGAGCUCCUAGAGGGCUACAUUGCAGAGCUGACUGAGCCGGAUGAGAGCCUCCUGCGGACAGGUGAAAAUGACUUCAGCGUCAUGUACUCCACACGGAAACAGUGUGCCCAGCUCUGGUUGGGGCCUGCAGCCUUCAUUAAUCAUGACUGUAGGCCAAACUGUAAGUUUGUCCCAAUGGAUGGAAACACAGCCUGUGUCAAGGUGCUACGGGACAUCGAGCCAGAUGAUGAGAUCACAUGCUUCUAUGGCGACGGCUUCUUUGGGGAGAACAAUGAAUUGUGCGAGUGCUACACUUGUGAAAGGAAGGGGGAAGGAGCCUUCCGCCCCUUGAACCAGGCACCAUCACAAUCUACCUCAGUCAAUGAGAAAUACCUGCUGAGAGAGACGGACGGCCGUUUACAGCGGUGGAAGGGUCAGUUGUGCAAGCUGGCCCAACGGAGUGUGAAAGUGGGACGCAAGGCCCGGCACAGAAGAGCCCGAUUACGUGGAGCUCUGCGUAGAUCUACUCCUCGCUGGUACCCCAGAAUGCUAAAACCUUUAUACAUCCCACUGCAUGACUGUUUGGCCUGCACAUCACGUAGAUGCAAACUCCGUAAGCAGCCCCUGGUGCAUCUAGUGCGCUGUCCUCCUUCCAUGUUCCCCUCCUCACAUCUUUGGCUUUCUGCGCGCAGCAAGAGUAACUGCUCCAGGGCCCAAUGGGACAGCCACUUCAGAAGAAUGCGCAAUGGGCCUACAAGCCUGGGCUGGCCUGACCAGUGCACCUUAGUUGUGAACCUUGGGAAGAGGGUUCCCUUGAACUGGGCAGAGGAGCAUAGAGAAGUAGGGCCUGGGCUUGGAGAGGGUAAACCACAUAGCAGCGUGGGGAAGCCAAGCCAGGGAGCUGAGGAGCAGCACACCGAAGAGGUGGAGAGCCAUGCCGAGGUUGCGGGACUUCCGUGCUCGGGGGGGGCAAGAGCCCCUCAGCUCUGCAGAAGCUUUUUCCUCCAGGCAGCUGCUGUGCAGAACAAGGAGCAUGGCCCGACGCCAAGCUCAGGUUUUGCCGAAGCCCCAGCUGUUGCUCCCAACAGUAGACCCCAAGCUUUCCCAGUAUGCUCAUGUCUGCCUUGAGGGCCCUCUCUUUGGAGGCAGGCAGCACUGGCAGCAGCCCCCUCCUGACAAGAAGGAGGAAGCAGAGGAGGAGCAAGCAGAGCAGCAGCUUCUUCCCAAGCGGAUGGUUUCCUUUCCCCCCUUUGUGCCACCCAAACGGCUUCGACUGGUCGUGAGCCAUGGCUCUAUUAACCUUGAGGUUGCUUCAAGUUCCUGUGAUGAGCUGUCCUGAUCCAGCUGGUCUCUGGGUAUGAAGGAGAGACCCCAGCUUCUUAUUGAACUUUGACCCUUGGUAAGCGAGGGCAAAAUCCCACCUACCAGAAUUGGCCUGAAAGCAUCUGACUCUUUGAUGUGGUCCUCCUCCACCCCAGUCACCUUGUAUGGGGUAAGAGGCCAUCCCUUCUGUUCUGAUGUGUUGUCCAUAAAGGGCACAAGGUUGUAUCUCUGCUAAGAACACACCACUCUGUGUUCCAUCCUGUCUCUUUUUCCAGUGCAGAUGUUGCUUUCCGUUCUCUCCUUCCAGGGUGUUUUCUCCAUCAUCUGUACAGCCACCCCUUUUUAAAAGCACACUCCACUACUUGGCCAAACAUUACUACAUGUUCCUGAAACUGAAGCCAUAUAGCAGGCUGUGUGGAUGCUUAGGAUUGCCUCCCCCAUUUUCCUUUUCAGCUCUGCUUACUUUGCUCCAGAGUUCUUUGCUCUUUUAAUUCUAGGUGUCCCCAUGCUCUAGUUUGUACUCAUUUAUAGACUUUCUACGGAUGCACAUGGUGCUUUUGCCGUUUGUUUGCCCCUACAGAGGCUGUGAGGCUGAUGUGGGUAAAGUGACUUGUGGGCAAAGGAAACCUGCAGCAAAUCAGGGAAGCCUCUUUAACCCAUUGUAAGAAAACCAGCAACCGAAAGUGCACAUUCGCAUGUAACCCAAGCUGUUCAACCCAUUUAGCCUGAUGGCUGUUACUUGCUAAACAGGCUUAUCUAGGGAACUCCUGUUCUCUUCUCUUCUCUUCUCUUCUCUUCUCUUCUCUUCUC